AUGGUUUCAGGUUCCGGCGCAUGCGCUAAAAGAGUCGUGGUGGAUGCUCGCCACCACAUGCUUGGUCGCUUAGCAUCGAUCGUAGCGAAGGAACUUCUAAACGGCCAGAAAGUUGUGGUUGUGAUAUGCGAAGAGAUCUGCAUCUCCGGUGGCCUCGUCAGGCAGAAAAUGAAGUAUAUGAGGUUUCUUCGUAAACGGAUGAAUACGAAACCAUCUCACGGUCCCAUUCAUUUCCGUGCUCCUUCCAAAAUCUUCUGGAGAACUCUUCGAGGAAUGAUCCCACAUAAGACAAAGCGUGGGGAAGCUGCUCUUGCUCGCCUUAAGGUUUAUGAAGGUAUUCCUCCUCCAUAUGACAAGAUCAAGAGAAUGGUUGUCCCGGAUGCGCUUAAGGUACUGAGGCUUCAGAAGGGACACAAAUAUUGUCAUCUUGGACAACUUUCAUCUGAAGUAGGAUGGAACUAUUAUGAUACCAUAAAGGAAUUGGAAAACAAGAGAAAGGAAAGAUCAGCAUUGGCUUAUGAGAGAAAGAAGCAGCUCCGGCGAGACCCGUAUGAAGUCCAUGGCAUUAAUCGGAACUCCACCGAUCAGGAGAUUAAAUCCGCUUACCGGAAAAUGGCUCUCAAGUUUCAUCCUGACAAGAAUGCUAAUGAUCCCAAAGCAGCUGAUAUGUUCAAAGAGGCUACUUUUUCUUAUAAUAUCUUGGUGGAUCCUGAUAAACAUCGUCAGUAUGACUCAUCUGGCUUUGAGGCCGUUGAAUUAGAUAACCAAGAGUUAGAGUUGGAUCUUUCAAGUUUGGGUGCUGUCAACACAAUGUUUGCUGCACUUUUUAGCAAACUUGGUGUACCAAUCAAGACAACUGUAUCUGCGACUGUUUUGGAAGAGGCACUUAAUGGGUUAGUUACAAUUCGCCCACUUCCAUUGGGAGAGUUCAUAUCUAAAAGGGUUGAGAAGCAGUGUGCACAUUUUUAUUCAGUUACAAUCACAGAAGAGGAAGCAAGAGCUGGAUUUGUUUGUCGAGUACAAUCAUCAGACAAAAGCAAGUUCAAGUUAUUGUAUUUCGACCAGGAAGACAAUGGUGGCUUUAGUCUUGCCCUCCAGGAAGACAGUGCAAAAAAUGGAAAGUUUACUUCUGCUGGAAUGUAUUUUCUUGGCUUCCCUGUUUAUCGGCUAGAUCAAACAAUGAACUCCAUAGCUGCUGCCGAGGAUCCUGAUACUCCAACUCCAGCUGUUGCUUCUGAUGGAACUAAGAGACGAUCUGGACGUCCACCGAAGAAUCAGCAGUAG